UCGGCCAAGUUUGAAUAUCCUCGCUCUUUUCUUCACUCCGCACUUCUCUCCAUCACUUUCGCUCCCCCAUCUCGUCCUCUCGCCUCCUCAUCAUUUUCUUGCUAUCCACGCCGUUCUUUCCACCUUUUUAUGAUUUUUUACCCCGGCGUCAGGUCGCUCGCUACAUGCCUUCUCCCAUCUGGCGCACCGUUUCUGCGCCUUCUCACGACCAACCCAGCCAUUAACCCCGGAUAUCAUGCCCCCGGCCAAUUCGCCCAAUGAUGCCCCCUCCCGAUCGCCCUUGGCUGCGACACCCUCUCUUCCAUCUAUCCCCACCGCUGUGUCGGACGAUGCCCAUAAUGAUAACGUGAAUUUCUUGCGAUCGCGUGUACGCUCUCCGCCCGACCCUUCGUCCUCCUUGCUCAGCCGCCAGCGCCGCCGCCGACAACAUAUUCUCUCCCAGUUGAAUAUCGAUCCGAUGGACCUUAAUGAGAACAUGGCGGUAGAAAUCAACCGUCGAAUGCCAAUCCUGCGUCGCCAGUUCCCCGAUCCUGACGAAGAGAGCUACGGCACUAUCAACAACAGCAAUUUACCCAACUACGAAGGUCGAGUUUCAAAUCCUCGUGGGCUAUACGGCUGGGCUCCCGCUUUCGACGACGAAGGCGAUGAUAUCCCGUAUCCACCAAUACACAAUAAUGCGCUAUCAUCAUGGCUUGGCCGGCUUUCCGAACGCAGUAACUCUAGACGUCCUGCGCGCCGCGAUGGUACACCCAGGAAUCCCCAGGCGAAUCCCAGCGACCUAGCGGACAGUAAUCAUCAAUCGAAUGACACCUCUGGGUCAACGACAGAAUCUCUACUACAGUCAAUACAACGUCAGCCAAGGUUCUCUCGGACGAGGACCCUACAUGAUUACCUUUUAGAUCGCGCAGAGGAACCCCGCGAACGAUCUGGCGUCGAAUCCUCGCCUCGGGCUUAUCGGUUCCUUCCCAGCGGUCGCAGCGAACCGCAUCGAGUCUUAACACAUAAUGACCUUCGCGCGCGGGUCAGUGCUCACCGACAAAUGCACUUAGAUAAUCCUCCUAGCCCUCGAUUGAAAGAGACGAUACGCUAUCUCGAUAGGUUACGCUAUUCUAGUUCAUUCGAGGAAAGCUUGUCAUCUGCAGCCGCCGGGGGAUUCGUUCAAUUAGAUCUUCUUUCUUGGGACGAAGACGACUUUAUACUCGACACUUCUUCAAUAUGUCCGCCGCCGGUGUGCUCAUGGCUUCGCCCAGGCAUGACAUUCUCAGGGUUCCAAACAGCUGCCAGCAGUACCGGCCUCGUCCUUCCCCAGCAAGGGCCCAGUCCGUCCUCUAGUGAUCCAAUGAUCGUUAAUGGCAGUGACCAAAACCGCAUCAGCGUACAAACAUCGAAUGGAAGACGAUAUUUCGCCAGUCAAGUCUACAACUUAGGCAACGGCAAGGAGGAGAACUGGCCGGUCAAAGUAACCAUUCACGAUAUCAACGUCCACGACAUGACGCUAUCAGGGACCAUGGAGGCGUACAAUAUCCCCGAUAAGGCCUCGCCGUCCCAUGAUGCACAUAUUGUGACAUUCCUGGAGGGCGAAAUAAUCGACUUCAAUUCACAUACACUGGAGACGAAGAAUUUCAAAGCAGACGCCGAGAUUGAUUGCACAUAUUGGCGAAAACUACAGCCAUUCAAAAAUUUAACGGAUGAAGAGAUGACACGGAACCUCGUGAGCCGUAAAUGGAUCACAGAACAGCUGUCCAAGGGGUGGAUCCUGAUGAGAUGGAAGGAACGAUGUUUCAUAACCCCUACAGACGCGCGACAGGGACUCACGAUAUCAGGAUUCUAUUACAUUUCCUUGCAUCGCGAGAGCGGCAACAUCGAAGGGUUAUAUUAUGAUCCCGGUAGCUCACCAUACCAACAGCUGUCAUUGAAACCGGAAACAACGAAGAUGACUCGACCUUCAUACAGCUUCCGUUGAUACCCUUUUUUUUUUUCUAAAAUUGCACUCUAACGUUGACUUUUUUAUCUUCGAGGCGUUCGGGUUGGGCGUAUCAUACAAUCUGCAUAUCAGGUGUUGUCAAAUUUACGACUUUGGACCUUCUCAUCCAUAUCCAGCCUUCCCAUUUUACUGUCGGGAGUCAUCAGGACUGCUUGUCUUUAGGUAGACAAUAAACCAACUACACAUUGCCCAAAGAUAAGACGCAUUUCUUCACUCAAUCUUU